AUGGCGGAGGAGGAGGAAGAGGUGAUGCCCACGGAGUAUUUGUUGGAGCGGGUGAUGCUCAAGGACCUGAGCAAGAGACUACAGGUUGGUCAGGAGAUGGUUGAUCUUAUAAUGCAAGAGGACAAAUGUCCAGACCUGGAGCAAGACCAGGGGACGCUGGACAGAAUGGUGGAAGCGCUGGCCAGCUCUUGGGUCAACUCAAAUCACUUCAAGGUGGUGUUGUUGGGAAUGGAACUUCUGUCUGCACUCGUUAGCAGACUGCAAGAAAAAUUCAGGACGCAGGUUGCAACAGUUCUUCCUAGCUUAAUCGAUCGUCUGGGAGAUGCCAAGGACCAGGUACGGGACCAGGAUCAGGCGCUUCUUCUAAAGAUCAUGGACCUGGCUGCCAACCCACAGUAUGUAUGGGAGCGCAUGACUGGAGGAUUUAAACAUAAGAACAACCGUACCAGAGAAGGACUCUGCCUUUGUCUCAUCUCCACCUUAAAUGUGUUUGGAUCGCAGAGCCUGACUCUCAGCAAAAUAGUUCCUCACAUUUGUAACCUUCUGGGAGACCCCACAAGUCAGGUGCGUGAUGGAGCCAUGAGCUGCUUAGUGGAGAUCUACCGCCAUGUGGGUGAGCGUGUGAGAAUUGACCUUGGAAAGAAGGGCCUACCUCAGUCACGGUUGAAUGUCAUCUUUAGUAAAUUUGAUGAAGUCCAAAGGUCGGGGAACAUGGUCCUAUCACCUGUGUCAGAUAAAAACUCUGAGGAUGGUGAUUCAAUGGAUGGUGGAUGCUCAUCAGCCUCAUCCAAAGCUGAAUUGUUGCCUGGUAAAAAGACUGUUGGUUGUCCAUUCCGACGCACUGUCUCCAACAACAAGUCAUCAGUCGGCACAGGGAGAGAUGGGUCCACUGCUGGCGCGGUGGACGAGGGCGACUUCAUACAGGCCUUUGAGGAUGUUCCCUCUAUGCAGAUCUACUCCAACAGAGAGGUAGAGGAGGCCAUGGCCAAGAUUCGAGAUGUGCUCUCGGAUGACAAGCGCGACUGGGAGCUCAGAGUUGCAGCGCUGAAGAAGGUGCGCUCGCUGGUAUUGGCUGGAGCAAUAGAGUUUGAUGUCUUCCAGCAGCAACUGCGGCUCCUAGAGUCGGCCUUCAGAUUGUCUGCCAAAGACCUGCGUUCUCAGGUGGUUCGGGAAGCCUGUAUCACCCUCGGGCACUUGUCCUCAGUGCUCGGCAAUCAAUUUGAUCAUGGUGCGGAGGCCAUAAUGCCGACCCUUCUGAACCUAGUCCCCAAUAGUGCCAAAAUCAUGGCCACCUCUGGUGUGGCUGCUAUCCGCCUCAUACUCACACACACACACUACCCUCGUCUAAUCCCAAUCAUCACCAGCCACUGCAUCUCUAAAUCUGUGGCUGUCAGAAGGCGGUGUUAUGAGUUCUUGGACCUGAUGUUGAAGGAAUGGCUUACAAACUCUCUGGAGAGGCAUGUUGCUGUUUUAAUGGAAACUAUAAAGAAAGGCAUUCAUGAUGCAGAUGCAGAGGUGCGAUCUGUGGCCAGGAAGUGCUACUGGAACUUCCAGUGCCACUUCAGUCAGAAAGCAGAACAGCUGUUUCAAAGCUUGGAGUCGUCCUAUCAGAAAGCUUUGCAGGCUCACCUGCGGAGUGGCGAUACAGUGAUGUCACUGCCCCCAUCUGAUCAUUCCUCGUCCUCCUCACAAGAGAGCCUGAAUCGACAUUUGUCUUCAAGAAGCGUCACUGGAAGAAAUGUAACCAGAUCCAAGACCGCCCAAGCUUCCAGAACCGUCACUGGCACCUCCUCGUUGGGCUCUCUACAACGUUCUUGCAGUGACGUGGAUGUCAACGCAGCAGCCACAGCACGCACCCGGAUGCCAACUGUGACCUCAGCAGUACAUGCUUCCACUUCGUCCUUUAGCGCCGCCUCGGCUUUGCCCCCUGGAUCUUAUGCCUCACUUGGUCGUGUCCGAACCCAAAAGACCACCACAGGAAAGCGUCCGACACUUCCUGACGGUCGGGGUCGCAGCAAAGGGAAGGUCACCUCACAGUCUCAACCUGGAAGCAGGUCCGGUUCUCCAGGCCGAAUGCUAGGCUCCCCCCACAGCAGGAUUGUCAAGUUGCCUGUGGGCAAUGCUACCACUAUAGUUAACAGCAGUUUAAGCAACAGUAGGCGUUCGCGGGGCCACCGCAGCCAGGGCUGUAGUCGGGAGACCAGCCCAACCAGAUCAGGCUUUGCACGGAGCCGAAUCCCUCGACCCAGCAUGAGUCAGGGCUGCAGCCGCGAAACCAGUCGCGAGAGCAGCCGUGACACCAGCCCCUCCAGGGGUUUCUCCCCCCUGGACCGUCUAUCUCACCAAGCUCGGAUCUCUGCCUCCGUCAAUGCCAUGCGAAUCCUCAACACGGGCACUGAAGUGGAGGCUGCUGUUGCUGAUGCACUGCUCUUAGGAGACUCGAGGAGUAAGCAACGACCAAUGCGGCGUCACUUUGAGUCGCCGGGUAUGUUCUCUGACGACGAUGCUAACAGCGAUGCCUCAAGCGCCUGCUCGGAUCGCUCGUACAGCUCACGUAACGGCAUGCGUCACUCGGAGGAUGUGGCUGAAAUUCUCAACCACUGCGCCAGCACCAACUGGUCAGAGAGAAAGGAGGGUCUGCUGGCAUUACAGAAUGUACUGAAAAGCCACAGAAUGCUCAGCCGCGUGGAACUGAAGCGACUCUGUGAGAUCUUCACCAGGAUGUUCGCAGAUCCUCACAGCAAGAGAGUCUUCAGCAUGUUCCUGGAGACGCUGGUGGACUUCAUUGUUCUGCACAGGGAAGAUCUGCAUGAAUGGCUUUUCGUCCUACUCACUCAGCUGCUGAAGAAAAUGGGUGCUGACCUCCUGGGAUCCGUCCAGGCCAAAGUUCAGAAGGCCCUGGACGUCACCUGUGACUCCUUCCCCUACGAGCAGCAGUUCAACAUUCUGAUGCGCUUCAUCGUGGAUCAGACUCAGACGCCUAAUUUGAAGGUGAAGGUGGCUAUUCUACGCUACAUCGAAGCUUUAGCGCGACGGAUGGACCCAGCUGAGUUUGUCAACACUAGCGAGACACGCUUGGCUGUCUCACGCAUUAUUACGUGGACUACUGAACCCAAAAGCUCUGAUGUCAGAAAGGUAGGCCAUUUUCAUCAUUCAUCAAACUCCCAGACACUUCAUAACUGGGAGGAUUUGUCAGGGCGAGCCAGCACUGUGGCCUCUUUGCCUGGAGAGGGCAACCUGGAGGAAAGGUGCAAGCAGGCGGCCCAGGUGGUGCUCAUCGCCCUGUUUGAGCUCAACACACCAGAGUUCACCAUGCUGCUUGGGGCGCUGCCCAAAACUUUCCAAGAUGGGACCACCAAACUGUUACACAACCACCUGAGGAGCACAAGUGGAAUCAACAUGGCAUCGCCCAGUAGCUCAGCUGGUCGAACAACUCCACGCCAGUCUAGCAGCCGCAGCAGCCCACUGACAUCCCCCACCACCUGCUCUCAUGGAGGGUUUUCGCCAAGCAUGCUGGAAUAUGACAGUGAGAACUUGAACUCUGAGGAGAUCUACAGCUCCCUGCGUGGUGUCACUGAGGCAAUCCAGAACUUCAGCUACCGUAGCCAAGAAGAGCCGAUUGAGCCAUAUAAGCGAGAUGCAACGCGGGACACUACAUGCGGAGGUGCAGCUCCCUCACACUCUGAUUUACGCCUUUUCGGUGAUGUGGUGGAUGCCGGACGGACAGCUUUGGACAACAAGACUUCAUUAUUGAACACUCCUUUGCCACGCUCUUUCACGCUGCAACGGUUCAGAGACUACAAUCCGCACAACUACGAAGUUGUGGAGUUGCGACAAAAUGAACGCCAGCAAGAAUAUGUCGAAAACAAGAUCCAGAGCCCCAGAAAUGUCCCAGGAGUGACAGAGCAACUAGUAAGGGAGCUGCUGAAGGAGCUAUCCCAGGGCUCGGCAGGUGAGCGUGGCACCGAGGAACGCACCGUAGAGGAGCGAAGGGCGACCCUGUUGGAGCUUCUCAAAGUGGCUCGGGAGGACACUCAAGUGGUUUGGGAUGAGCACUUCAGGACCAUGUUGUUGCUCCUCUUGGAGAUGCUGGGAGACAAAGAUUACAUGAUCCGGGCGCUAGCUUUGAGAGUCCUGAAAGAGAUCCUGAGAAACCAACCGUCUCUCUUCAAGAACUAUGCUGAGCUAACCAUCAUGAAAACACUUGAGGCUCACAAAGACUCGCACAAGGAGGUGGUGCGUGCAGCUGAAGAGGCCGCAUCCACGCUGGCGGGCUCAAUCCACCCGGAGCAGUGCAUUAAGGUGCUUUGCCCCAUUGUGCAGACAGCAGACUAUCCAAUCAACUUGGCCGCCAUCAAAAUGCAGACCAGAGCUAUCGAACGCAUCACGAAGGAGCCACUGCAUCAGAUGUUGCAUGACAUCAUUCCGGGGUUAUUGCAGGGCUACGAUGACACGGAAAGCGGUGUGAGGAAGGCCAGUGUCUUUUGCCUCGUGGCCAUCUACGCCGUGAUUGGUGAGGACCUCAAGCCCUACCUGUCUCAGCUCACCGGCAGCAAGAUGAAGCUGCUCAACCUGUACAUCAAGAGGGCUCAGACCUCCACCAGCAAUAGCAGCAGCUCUUCUGAUAUCUCUUCCUACUAA